GAGUAAUAAAAACUAUUCUAUCGACUAUUGUUGUACCGAAUCUGUGAUAAAAACUAUCAAACGUUACCCAGGUCCCAAAACUUCGUUUUACCGAAUGUAAUUCAAAAAUAUUCAAUGAUUCUAAAUUCAAUGGCUAAGAAGAUUUAUACAAACUAUCAUUCCCUAUUUUAUCCCCUUAGGGGUGGAAUUUAUCAAAAUCCUUUCUAAAGGGACGUUUACGUCAUAAUAUCCAUCUGCACGCCGAAUUUCAACCCGAUCGGUGUAAAACUGACAUAGCUUCAUACAAACGUUCAUCCCCUACAUUACCCCAUUGGAGGUGGAAAUAAUCGAAAUCCUUACUUGGGGAUGCCUACGUCAUAACAUCUACCUGCAUGCCGAAUUUCAUCUGCAUCGGUGUAAAACUGACAAAGCUUCAUAUAAACUUUCACCCCCUUUUUUAACCCCGAUCGAUUUAAAAUUGACAAAGUCUCAUACAAACUUUCAUCCCCUAUUUUACCCCCUUGGGGGUGGAAAUUAUCAAAAUCCUUUCACAGCGGAUUACUACGGCAUAA